CUGUGUUGGCCUAGGGUUCCGCUGUGGGGAUGUCCCGUGGGAGUGAGUGAGGAAAUCCUGGGGCCCGCUGGUUUGAGUCCUCACCUCCAAUCUGUCAGCGAAAUCGGGCGAAGAGACGCCUGCAGGUGCGGAAGGGAGGAAGCUCGACUGCCCCAGAAAAGAGCAAGUGGGCAGGCAGCGGCGGGGCAGAACCGAAGUGUAUGCAGGGUCUUUAGAGGCCGGUCCUGGUCGGCGCCGCUCUUGUUGAGGCCAUGGUGCAGGCGGUGCUGUGGGCGAUACCCAGCAUGCGAGUUGACAAAACAACCAAAGAACAGGGCUCCCCAUUACAAUCUCCAUCGAGCUUUUUUUCCUUGCCAUUUGGAGCUGAUUUAUGCGAAAACAUGCCUUGCACGUGUACCUGGAGGAACUGGAGACAGUGGAUUCGACCUUUAGCGGUGGUCAUCUACCUGGUGUCCAUAGUGGUUGCGGUUCCCCUAUGCGUGUGGGAAUUACAGAAGCUAGAGGUUGGAAUACACACGAAGGCUUGGUUUAUUGCUGGAAUUUUUUUGUUGUUGACUAUACCUAUAUCACUAUGGGUGAUAUUGCAACAUUUAGUGCAUUAUACACAACCUGAACUACAGAAACCAAUAAUAAGGAUUCUUUGGAUGGUACCCAUAUACAGUUUAGAUAGUUGGAUAGCUUUGAAAUAUCCCAGCAUUGCAAUAUAUGUGGAUACUUGCAGAGAAUGUUAUGAAGCUUAUGUCAUUUACAACUUUAUGGGAUUCCUUACCAAUUAUCUCACUAACCGGUAUCCAAAUCUGGUAUUAAUUCUUGAAGCCAAAGAUCAGCAGAAACAUUUCCCUCCUUUAUGCUGCUGUCCACCAUGGACUAUGGGAGAAGUAUUGCUGUUUAGGUGCAAACUGGGUGUACUGCAGUAUACAGUUGUCAGACCAUUCACCACCAUUGUUGCUUUAAUCUGUGAGCUGCUUGGUAUAUAUGAUGAAGGAAACUUUAGCUUUUCAAAUGCUUGGACUUACUUGGUUAUAAUAAACAACAUGUCACAAUUGUUUGCCAUGUAUUGUCUGCUGCUAUUUUAUAAAGUACUAAAGGAAGAAUUGAGUCCAAUCCAACCUGUUGGCAAAUUUCUUUGUGUAAAGCUAGUGGUUUUUGUUUCCUUUUGGCAAGCAGUAGUUAUUGCUUUGUUGGUUAAAGUUGGCGUUAUUUCUGAAAAGCAUACAUGGGAAUGGCAAACUGUAGAAGCUGUGGCUACAGGACUCCAGGACUUUAUCAUCUGUAUCGAGAUGUUCCUUGCUGCUAUUGCUCAUCACUACACUUUCUCAUAUAAACCGUAUGUCCAAGAAGCAGAAGAGGGCUCAUGCUUUGAUUCUUUUCUUGCCAUGUGGGAUGUUUCAGAUAUUAGGGAUGAUAUUUCUGAACAAGUAAGGCAUGUUGGAAGAACAGUCAUGGGACAUCCUAGGAAGAAAUUUUUUCCCGAGGACCAAGAUCAAAAUGAACAUACAAGUUUGUUAUCAUCGUCAUCACAAGAUGCAAUUUCUGUUGCCUCUUCUGUACCACCUUCACCCAUGGGUCACUACCAAGGGUUUGGACACACUGUGACUCCACAGACUACACCUACUACCGUUAAUAUAUCAGAGGAAAUGUAUCAUGACACUACAGGAGAGAAAAAUGAACUUUCAGAUAAAUCUGUGGCCUCCUGAAUGAGUGCAGAAGCAAAGUGUGCUCCUUCUACCAUGUUAUUUCAUCACCUGGUAUCGCAUUGCUCAGGAUUUUGUGCUUGGGACAAGCUAUAAAUGAUGGAAAAUAUCAACACAAAGAAGGUGAAAGCCAGGUACUAUUGGAUUUAUAUAACUGAGUUUUGUAUAUCACAAAUAAUCAGUCUAAAUAUCCUAGACUUAGACUUGAUUUCUUAACAUUAGAGUAUCACAUACUCCAAAUGGUAGAAAAUGACUCUACUAAAUGUUCCUGAUGUUAACAUUGCUUUAUCAAGAGGAUGGACAUUAAAAGAAAAAAAAAAAAUCAAUGCUUCCUACCACUGCUGCAUGAAUAUAAUGCUCUGGAAUUUAGCAGAAAGUAUAAUUUGGAAAUAUGAUUUAGUGGAACUUAAUCAUGUGCCACAUAUGCCUACCUAACAAUUAUUUCUCUAUUUCUCAACUGGAUGUCUUUCAAUAAAUGAGAAUUUAUCAUUUA